AUGGUGGCUCGCUCCUGUGCGAAACGCGCCCAUCAGCUGGCUGCGACGCUUCUUCACAAAGGGGUCGGUCCAUCACGGCUGUCAACUGCUUCCACAUGCCCCUGCCACCUUCACACCAGCAGCAGCCUUUCCUCAGGAGCUUCACGCAUCGUCGCCACAUCAACCUCUUCACAGUCGCUUCCGUCUCUACGAGCAACGCGCCGCUUCACCACCUCUGCCGCAGCCCAGGCCACGAAUCGACCCAACAAGUCGAGUCGACCGCGCAGUGUAGAGCUUCUUACAGAGGAUGUGUCGGAUGUUGAGCCGACAUUGGAGUAUCUCGACUCGCUCAAGCCGCGGAUACGAUGGCCGCGCAAGGAUCGGCGUCCAUCGCGGAAUGCGGUGAAUCCGUUCGCCAAACCUUCGGCCGAGGUCAACCCGGAGGACAAGCUGUGGGAGCGCACGCAGGCACGCAUCAAUGCCUCCUUCACGCGCGACCAGCUCGCGCUGCUUGGGCGCGCGGCCAAGCUGCCCGGCAGCUACAGCGCCAAGGUGCGCAAGGACGAUCUAGUGCGUCGCAUCAUGGUGCAUCGUUUCGGCAUGCUCGAUGCCAAGGAACGCGCCGACCGCGAAAGGCAGGAGGAGCUGCAGAGGCGCUCGGUGCGCAUCGGCUUCCGUCCCGCCGAGCUGUAUCUUCUGCUCGCGAGGGGAUCGGAUAAGGUGCGUCAAGAAGCAUCCAGAGCACACGUGACGAUUCUGCUCCAGUCGGCAGCCGAGAACGACAGCGCCCAGGAUCAGCUGGGCUUCUGGAUCCGCGGCAAGGACGAAGGCAUCGCACGCAUGAGCAAGUGGAUCGAGGAUUUCAAGCACUCGAUGCACACCAGGGAGGAGGAGCUCACGCUCUUUGCACCAUCUGACGCACCUGCUGCCGAUGCAUCAGCCGCACAGGCCUUCCCGCCCGAGCUGGUGCGCUUCAUCCUGCAGCUCUCGACGUGCUUUAUCGAAGCGGGACCGCUGUCGGAUGGAAAGGCGAAGCUGUCGCUGACGUACCUGCACGAGCGCGAUGCACAGAAGGCGGUGCUGCUGCUGCGACAGUACCAGGAUGCGGCGGCGGAGGCGACACAGCGCAUCGGUGCGGUCGCGUACCGCGGCUCGGAUGUCUCUGGACAGGAGUACGCCAUGCUGCCAUUCACGCCCAACGAGCCGACGUCAUGGAUCAAGCAGGCCGACGAUGCGCUGUACGGCACCUCGUCCGACCUCUCGUUCCGCGUGACGCACGUACUCGAGCUCAAUGCGCUCUCCAUCUUCCCCGUCUCCAAGUUGUCCGACAUGGCGCUAUCGGGCUGGGCGACUCAGGGCGAGAUGGACAUGUCCGACCCCUUCGGUGCGCUGUACGAGGCAGCCUCGCUAGCCGCCAGCGAGGCGAGCGAAGGACGACAGGUCGAGUACAGUGCAUCGCUCGGUCAUCUGCUGUACAGCAGCGAUGCGCUGACGCUGGCCGACGAGCAGGUGGGCGAGGACGAGCUGGUGGCCAAGCUGCAGGACCCGCUCAUGGCGCCGCGUCCGGGCUCGUGGCCGCUCGAGAGCUUUUUGGAGUGGACGCGCGAGUUCCGCGCGCGCUUUGGCAAGGAGGCAUCGCGCUUCGUGCCCGCCACGCUGUUCCGGUCGCAGAAGAACGUCUCGUUCGACAUCUGGCUCGAACGACAGGGCUACACACUUGCGCCCGACGCUCCGCGCGUGGGAUCCGAAAAGGUGGUGCUCGUCUACCGCCCGGCCGAGGCGGGCUAUGCUGCACCGCUGAACAAGCUCGAGCUGACCCUCGCGAGGAAGCAGGAUGCCGACGCGGGCGGCGCAUGGCUGGUCGAGACGGCACAGUGGGUGGCGAGUGCACAGAGCGAUGUGCUGGUGCCGGAACGAUCGGCGGAUCUGCGACUGGGAGCAAGGAUUCUACACCCAGUCGACGAACACGCUCGCACGGGUGUCGAGCAGGCGCUGACGGGAUACCUCAGCCCGCCUCGAGACCGCGCCGAGGAGACGGACACCAGAGCUGAGGCUGAAGCGCGUCCAGCAGCCGCAAGUCUCGCAACCGACACGGGGGCUUUGCCGCCAUUGACGCUCCAGCUCGACGGUGCAGCAUGGGCGCUCGAAAGUGCCACGCGACACACGAUGCAGCAGUACCACUACCGCUCAUCCAGCACCAUGUCCGAUGCAUCUCCCGCGGCCGAAGACUCCGACACUGCUUCAAGCGCAGAAACGGACGCAGAGCAGGCUGGCGAAACCAAGCCCGAGCAAGCGGUGUCGCAGGUGCUGCUGCGCGAGAUCUCGCAGGAUCUAGUCACGUCCACCACGACCGAAUCGCUGCGUCUGGUCUGGCGUCUGGCCUCGUCCACCCAUGCACUGGCAUGGCAAAGCGUCGUACAACCCAUCUCAGCGCUGCUCGACCGUCACGACAUGUCGAUCCGCUAA